AUGGAAGACAUAGCAGUGUACUGCUCAUGGGCAAAUGCGCAAUUGGAAGACUCGACGUCUUUUCUCAAAGUGCUCCCGACCGAAAUCCGAUCACAAAUUGUUCGAUCAACUGGAUCGCAAUAUUUCAGCCAUCUCGCUCAGGCCACCAAGCUGCCACAGUACUCAGAUGUGCUAUCACCACUCUACACGCCCCUCCUUCCAGAGUUAGCAGCGAGAUGGACAGCACCUGCCAAAUUGGGCAGCAAUUUGCACGAGGAGAUUCUAACAUUGGCAACCCUCGCACGCCUCUUGCCCGUCGCCGCUUACCUCAAACAUCAUGUCCAAACUACACUGGAGGCAAAGCAGUUGAAAACACUCUUCGAAACGGCAGGCGGUGAGGUCUUACCCGUCGAAGACGAAGAUUUGUCAUUACUUCUGAUUGCGCUGUUUCGCCUUCUGUCACACGACCGAGACGUACUCUCACCAGCCGUGGGCCCAUCAUUCUUUUCACUACUGCUGAAUCACGCCUCACUGUCGGUGAGGUAUGUUUCCGUUCAAUGUCUAUGUCUAUACAUGCAUUUUGCAGACGCUUUCUCAGAGAAAUUGGUCGGGCAGUAUGUUGGCACCGAUGCUAUAUUAGGCCCUUGGGAAGGACGCACCAUUGAUUUUCGAGUGCUGAAACUGUGGGAGGAGAAAAGAUGGAGAGAUCUAGAUGGAGCCAUCUCUCACAUCCAGGAACGGUGGCAGAAUGAUCAUGCAACAUCUGCUGCCACGAGCAUCACUUUAAGCACUACUUCUCCGAAUACCGCCAGUGUUGGAGGGGUCUUAGUACCACGAAUGGGAGAGCUAGAGAUUCCAAUGUCAACCUUCGUCCAAACUCCGACCUCAAGACGUAACUUAUCUCAAGUUGGCAAAUACCUACUCCAAAAAACGCCCCUUCUUCUCACCGGCGAGGCAGGCUCAGGCAAAACCUCCCUCGUUCGUGAAGCGGCUCGAUUAUUGAACAAAUUAUCGACAAUGAUUACGUUGCACCUCAAUGAGCAGACGGAUGCGAAAAGUCUUCUAGGACUGUACACAUCAUCUGCCGACGGCGAAACCUUUUCUUGGAGGCCUGGUGUUUUGACAAAAGCUAUGCAGCAAGGAAGAUGGGUAUUGAUUGAAGACAUCGACCGGGCGCCUGCUGAAGUCAUGGGUGUUCUCCGCCCUAUCCUUGAGUCAGGCGAGCUCUUCAUCGUUGGUCGAAAAGAAAGGAUCAUACCCGCGGAGGGAUUUCACAUUCUGGCUACGAUGAGAACUAGUGGAGGCCGACGUCGGACCCCUAAUAGUCGGUACUCCUGGCUGUUCAACCCAAGACUGUGGAACACCAUCGAGACUGCUACCUAUGAACCCGCAGAAAUCGAGUCACUGCUUCAUGCGCGUCACCCGGAAGCCGAAUCUUUCAUCCCAACUAUAUUGCGAGUGCAUCAGCAUGUCUGUCGCAUGUAUGAAGAUGAACCUCGUCUUAAAGCUCUACAAAGUCGCAAACCGUCACUUCGAGACCUCCUUGUGUGGUCGCGUAGAGUUGUGCGCAGGCUGGCUUCUCACAGCCCAAGAGCGGCAUCAGCAUCAGCAUCAGCAUCUAUUCCACAACGCCUGAAGGUGGAUAUAUUCAAAGAUGCAGUAGACAUUUAUGCUGGAUACCUCAAUGAUGAAUUGCUUCACGAUAUGGUCGCCUCAUGUGUGGCCCAGGAAAUGGAUAUAUCCCCACAACAGAUGCAGCAUUCACUAUUGGAAGAGGUUUCAAUAACAAGCUCUAAAGCAAGUGAAAUCUUGAUUGUCGGCCGGAACGCCCUGAAAAAGGUUGUCGGGGGUCGAACCCAAGUUCGCAAUCAUUCUUUCGCACUCACUGCCUCUGCACAGAGGGCAUUAGAUCGCAUCUCAGCCAGUGUAAGCCAUUCGGAGCCUUGCCUUCUGGUGGGCGAGACAGGUGUUGGUAAGACUUCGCUCGUCCAGCACAUCGCCAGUUUGGUUGGUCAAAAGCUCACCGUGGUCAAUCUCUCGCAGCAGAGCGAGGCCAGCGAUUUGCUAGGAGGACUAAAACCAGUCACUACCAGAUCCUUGAUCCUGCCUCUGGUCGACAAGUUUAACGCACUGUUCGAGGAUACGUUCUCUACCAAGAGAAAUGAAAAGUUUCAGCUGGCUAUCUCAAAAGCUGUUGCUAAGCAGAAUUGGCUGCGGCUCUCAACUCUCUGGCGCGAAGCAAUUCAGCUAGCUUCUGAGUCUUUAAGGUCAUCAUCCGAGCCAUCGACGCCAGAAGGGUCCAUACAUGCCAACAAGAAGCGAAAAUUAGCGAACCCAAAAUAUGACGAUCUCAGGAGUAGAUGGAGCAGUUUCUCUGAAAACUUCCUGCAGAUACAAGCACAGAUCGAACGAAGCGAUAAAAAUCAAAUAUUCUCCUUUGUUGAAGGGAGACUUGUUCAAGCUGUACGCGAUGGGGAGUGGUUGCUCCUUGAUGAGAUCAACCUGGCUUCGCCUGACACUCUCGAUGCUAUCAUAAGCUUGCUACACAACGGAGACGAUGAAAAGCCGUCCCUCCUUCUUGCUGAAUCUGGGAAGAUCGAGUCCGUGACUGCAAACCCUAACUUUAGAGUUUUCGCAGCGAUGAAUCCGGCUACAGAUACUGGAAAGAAAGAUUUGUCGUUGGCCUUGCGGUCGAGGUUUGCCGAAAUCUUUGUCCAUUCAGGUGAUAGCAAUUUAGAAGAUCUUACGAAAAUCGUCCAAAUCUAUCUAGGGCCGCUUCUUGAUGUCGACAAGAGAGCAGCUCUUGAUCUCGCACGCGCUUAUAUUGCCCUCAAAGGACUCAACCAAGAGCACCGCCUCACUGAUGGCGCAGGAGAAAUUCCUCAUUUCAGUAUACGAUCUUUGGUUCGAUGCUUGAUGUAUAUACAGAAACACAGCCCUAGUCACAGCCUGAGACGUGCCAUGUACGAAGGCUUUGCAAUGAGCUUCUUUACAGUGCUCAGUAGGGCGUCCGAAGCAUUGUCUUCGGACUUUUUGGAGCAGCACCUAUUGUCCAAUGUGAAGAAUAGGAAAUCCUUCUUCAAUCAGCAGCCAAAGUUCCCUCCUGGUGGCGAGGAAUUUGUUGCAUUCCGACAUCACUUGGUCAAGAAAGGCCCAAUAAGCCCCGACUUUCAACCACACUACAUCCGAACGCCCUCUGUCGAACGCAAUCUACUCAAUCUGGCACGAGCAGCGUCAAUGAGAAGCUUUCCAAUUCUGUUGCAAGGACCAACAUCGGCAGGUAAAACCAGUAUGGUGGAAUACCUUUGCAAAUUAUCUGGCAACAAGUUCAUGAGAAUCAACAAUCACGAGCACACAGACCUGCAAGAAUAUCUUGGGAGCUAUGUGUCCGGUACUGAUGGAAAACUACAGUAUCGUGAAGGCGUCCUAGUGGAUGCACUCCGUCAAGGCCACUGGAUUGUUCUUGAUGAAUUGAACCUGGCUCCAAGUGAUGUUCUUGAAGCCUUGAAUCGCCUUCUCGAUGACAACAGAGAGCUUCUCAUUCCAGAAACACAGGAGCUGGUUCACCCACAUCCUAAUUUCAUGCUUUUUGCUACCCAAAAUCCUGCUGGCCUCUAUGGAGGCCGCAAGCGACUGUCUCGUGCCUUCAGAAACCGUUUUCUGGAACUUCACUUCGACGAUAUACCUGAGGAUGAGCUUGAAACGAUACUUCGAGAGCGAGCUCAACUGCCACCGUCAUACUGUUCUCAAAUUGUAGCAGUGUACAAAAAACUCUCACUCCAAAGACAGUCAUCUAGACUGUUUGAGCAGCGCAAUAGCUUUGCUACUUUGCGCGACCUCUUCAGGUGGGCGGCGAGACCAGCUGAUGAUCGGCAGAAAUUGGCCUGUCAUGGCUUCAUGCUGUUGGCUGAGCGGGUUCGAGAUGCAGCGGAGAGGAACAUCGUCAAAAAGACAAUCGAAGAGACAAUGAAGGUUGUCAUCGAUGAGGACGUCCUCUACAGUUUGUCUGCCGUACCUUCUUCAGUUCAAUCUGUUGGGACAAUCGUCUGGACGUCGGCAAUGAGAAGAUUGUUCGUGCUAGUUUCUGAGGCGUUGAAAAACAACGAGCCUGUCCUUCUGGUUGGUGAAACAGGCUGCGGGAAGACCCAGAUCUGCCAGGUCAUUGCCGAAGCCUUUCGCCGGCCUCUCAACAUUUACAAUGCACACUCAAACACCGAAACAGGCGACCUCAUAGGCUCGCAACGGCCCAUACGCAAUCGAUCCGAGCUUGCAGAGCUUGUCUGCAACAAUUGGGCGUCAUUAGUUGCAUCCGAGGAGCAUGAGCUUGACCAAAAAUCCCUUGCGGUUGAUGACAUUGCAGCUCGAUUCGCAAAUUUACCGAAGUCCAAUUAUGAUCAAGAAGCUGUGGAACGGCUUCGUACGAGUCUCGGAGCGUAUCAAUCACUUUUCGCCUGGGGUGAUGGAAGCCUCGUUCGGUCUAUGAAAACGGGCGAGCACUUUUUGCUUGAUGAAAUAUCUCUUGCUGACGAUUCUGUUCUGGAGCGCUUGAACAGCGUUCUUGAGCCGUCUCGUAGCAUAUUACUAGCGGAGAAAGGCUCAGUCGACAAUUUUGUCAUCGCCCAUCCAUCGUUCCAAUUUUUAGCGACCAUGAACCCUGGCGGCGACUAUGGAAAAAGAGAGCUUUCAGCUGCGCUUCGCAACCGGCUCACUGAGAUUUGGGUUCCUCCGCUUUCACAAGAAGCAGAUAUCCUGCCUGUUGUUGAGAAUAAACUCAGCCCAGAUGUGAAGCACUUUGCCGUGGUCAUGCUGAAAUUUGCCCUAUGGUUUCGAGGUAUGUUUCACAACACCAGUUCCACGGUCAUUCCCUUGCGAGACUUGCUUGCAUGGGCAGUUUUCGUCAACGGUGCAGCUGGUAUAGGCGAGGAACUUGCUCUCGUGCAUGGAGCUUUCAUGGUUUACAUCGAUUCAAUCGGCGCCAACCCCGCGGGUAUGACUUCAAUCAACUCGAGCGAUCUGAACGUAUCGAGAGUCAAGUGUCUUCAACACUUGCAAUCCCUGGUGGAGAUUGACGUUAACAAAGUCUACAGAGAUACCCCUGUGUUGAGCGCUGGCGACCAAGUGCUCCAUGUUGGCUCAUUCUCUAUUCCUAGGAACAUCGACUCUAGCAAAUCCACCCCUAAUCUUGUAUUCAACGCGCCCACCACGCUACAAAAUACGAUGAGGAUUGUACGCGCAUUGCAGAUGAGCAGACCAAUAUUAUUGGAAGGGAGCCCUGGUGUUGGCAAGACUGCUAUUUUUACUGCUCUGGCACAGGCCUCUGGUAAAUCAUUCACUCGCAUCAACCUCUCUGAUCAAACAGACCUUAUGGACCUGUUUGGAGCGGACGCUCCAUCUGAGGACGAAGAAAUGGGCAGAUUUUCAUGGCGCAAUGGUCCAUUGCUGGACGCGAUGCAAUUGGGAGGCUGGGUCCUUCUUGAUGAAAUGAAUUUGGCUUCACAGUCAGUUCUGGAAGGGCUCAACGCUUGCUUGGACCAUCGACAAGAAGCCUACAUCGCCGAACUGGAUAAAUCUUUCACCUGCCAUCCCGAAUUCACACUAUUUGCAGCACAAAACCCACAUCAUCAAGGCGGUGGACGGAAAGGGCUUCCAGCAUCUUUCGUGAACCGAUUCACUGUCGUCUACGCUGAUUCUUUUACACCGGAAGACUUGCUCUGCAUUUGUCAACGGAAAUUCCCUGAAAUAUCAACCCAUGAUCUCGAGACCAUCAUAGCAACGAUUGCAAAGACUGAGGCUGCCGUCUCUAGAGUAGCGAGUUUCAACCACGGCGCACCUUGGGAGAUGAACCUUCGAGAUACCAAUCGCUGGCUGCAACUAUGUGUGGAACAGCCCACACUUGAUCCACUCUCUCAUUUUGGCUCUGUUGUCGCGGCACGAUUUCGGACUCCGGCCCAGAAGACACUUUGUUCUGAAAUCUGCCAGCAGAUGCCAUCCAGUAUUGCUUCAGAGAGCUUCUACACGAAUAUCUCAACCAAUGUCUUGCAGAUUGGGACGGCCUUUUUACAGAGAGAUGAUGUAUUCCAACACACCACAGGAAUACACUCAACGAUACCAAGUGCCCUUCUUCCCGCGGCGAAGUCCAUGAUCACGGCAAUUAAUCAUAAUUGGCCACUCAUUAUAACAGGGCCCGUAGGCUCUGGUAAAACAUCCCUUAUCCGUUCCAUUGCAGCAUAUGCUGGGGCCAACCUCGCGGAGUUUUCCAUGAAUGCAGACGUUGACACAAUGGAUCUCAUAGGUGGGUUCGAGCAAUACGAUCCUCGCCGUGGUGUGGUCGAAAUCCUGAGGAAGACUGAAGCCACGUUGCGAGCCCAUAUCGCGCACGCUGCGAACAGUGAGGUGGGAAAUGCGGCGGCCAAAUUUCUCACAUUAUGGGCAACCUUUCAAUCUCCGAGUCUGCGGGAUAGUGAUCUUCUCUCUGCUUUGUCUACCCUGACUUCAGUAUCACCCCAUUUCACGGAGAUUGAGAAAGAGUUCUCAGACUUUCUCAUGUUUAGUGGCAACACUAAGUCUAAGUCUCAGUUUGUCUGGAAUGAUGGCAUCCUUGUUGAUGCUCUCAAGAAUGGUUCGUGGCUCGUUCUCGACAACGCAAACCUGUGUAAUCCUUCUGUACUUGACAGAUUGAAUUCACUUCUAGAACCUGAUGGCUGUUUGACCAUAAGUGAGCAGCACGGAGGCGCCAAGGGUGGACGGGUUGUCAAGCCACACAAGAACUUCAGGAUCUUCAUGACAGUGGACCCUCGCUUUGGAGAAUUGUCGCGAGCAAUGCGAAAUCGAUCGCUUGAGGUAUCUCUGCCAAAUGAAGCCCAAGAAGUUGGAAAUCCCUCGCUAAUUCAGUAUCCAUACGCCGCUGCGUGUCACCGCCUCAGGUAUUUCUUUAGUAGUGUCAAUUCGGGUUCCUCACCAAGGGUUAUUGAAGCCACCAUUGACAAUCUUUCGGUUUCAGAAGCCGCCCUGACGGCUUCUGAAACCGUCCACUUACCAGGCCUUGAAGAAAACAAACAACUUUGCACGGAUUUGUGGUGCAUGACAUACUCUAACAACUCUGAAAAUGUGUGCAACAUAUUUGACAUGGAAUCUGCUCCCACUGGGAGCUUUUUGCCUCAACUACUUACAAUGAAUGAGCCUUGGACCGCCCUAGUCGGCUCACAGAAAGGACUUCCCUCCGCAGAGCUGAUUACGCGAACCUGGUUCAUGGUCAGACGCAAGACAAUCAUUGCAACAAAACUGAGCCUCGCUCAGAGCCACGCACAAGCUUUUCCUGCCAAAGAUCUGACUCUUUUUGAAAAAUCAUUGACAGUCACAGACACGAAUACCCCACAUCCCACACCUGCAGUAGGGCCGUUUGCACAUUUCUUAAUGCUCACUUUGCAGAGGGCGCUCGACGGUGGCCUGAAGGGUCAGGCUGAUGUGACACUGGUUGAAUCUGUGGAACGCAUUUUGGGUUUCGUCGAGUGCUUGAUGGAUCUGUUCAGCACAAAAUUCCUGGACUACUCUCAAUUUUAUGGCCACUUGCAAAUGGGGCUUGAUAUUGGAAAGAGCUUACAAGCUCAUGUCAGUACUUCAUCGUUGCGGCAGUUGGCAUCGUUGUUUGGCGAAGGGCUUGAAUUAUUGUUGAAGCACAACCGUUUGGAACUCCGGACGGGAUUUUCUUUGCAAACCAUGUGGAAAUCGUUCAGACCGAUGGUCGCAGCUACGGCUUCCCAACUUUCAGCACAAUUGACUCUGGAGGAUCUGAUCACACGAUUCGAUGGGGCAUGCCGCAAUUUGGAACUCUCUAGGGCUCAGCUUUCUGUCCUAAGAUCGAGGCUUCUUCAAACAUACGUAUCCAUUCUGGAUUCCGAGCAGCCUGAAGCGGAUCUUGUAGCUCUCGGAGACGCAGUCAAGGGGAUUGAGCAACAGGCGCAUCGAGGCUUCCCAAUUCGAGGCAAAUUUGAGCAAGCUUUCGACUACAUUUACCAAAUUAUGAGCUCGGAUACGAGACUUAUCACUGCUGACGAAAUGAGAGCUAUGGUGCCUUUCAGUCCUAUAGCUCAAACGCACUUGCCGCCCUUGGGCAACCAACUUUUGCAAUGCAAGCAUUUGAGCCAGCUUGCUUCAAUGAGAGCCUCUCUACUUUCUAGCCAAGCGUCUAUCGGUUUGCAACUCCUCACACAAUUGACCAAUAUAUAUCAUCAGCCUUUGGGAUUACUAGAACACGCAACCGAAGAGGCUGCUCAGUUGAUAAAAGCAAUCGCUUCUCACACGCCUGUAUUGAAAGACAGCCUGUCUCUGAUUAUCGAGAAUUUGCGGGCUAUCGUGACAGCAAUAAUGCUUGCACAUCAAGAUUUACUUACCGCAGAAGCGCAAGCAUGCUUCUUGGAGCAGGGAGCUUUCGGUUUGUCGCAACUCAGUAAGCUCGCGAGUGAUUGUGUCGUGCUGGGCAAAGAUGGAAAUAGGAGCUUUGAAAAGCAAUAUCUGGAUCAUAUUCAUCCGGCUGUGAUGCUUUUGAAUGCUGAACAGGGCAUUCGGCUUGAGCAAGUACGAGCUUCUCUGAUACACGUGUCAAUUGCUGGGCUGAUAUUGAUGGUACCUCAACGAGUGUUUGACCCAGCAACUUACUCGAGUCUCUUGGUUCAAUUCCACGAUAGGAGAGCGAGCGAGCUCACAGCAAGAAUUGAUGGGCAAAGACAAUUCCACAAACAGAAUAUGGGUCAAGCAACAAGUCUUGUUAUCCGAAUUUUGGAAAAGGAACUCGACAACCUGGAAAGUGCUCCAACAGCUCCUCAAAUCUUUCGACCAAAAAGUUCUGAACUUGCCAGACUUCAGGAACUCUUUGCGAGACUCGCACAAUUACUUCUGAAAGACUUGAGUGCAUCCGGUCUUCAUGAGCGAGGGUCAAACCAGCAGUUGAAGGUGAAUAUGUGGUCAAUCGUAGACCGCCUGGAGAAAGCCCACAGGGCAUAUGAUGAUUUUGUGAAGCCCAUCACAUGGUUCGCAAAAUGUCUUUUGCUUGGGCUGGAAAUUGACACACAUAAAGACGAAAGGCUUGGCAAGGCUGGCACCACUCAUGAGAUUAUCACCCAUACACCUCUCCUAUCCUUUUCGCCGGAGAAAGUGCAGCUUUGGGAAGGAAUUGAGAUAUCAGCGGCCACUGCACCCCUGAAACUUCAUUGGCUCGAACACAAUGCAUUAUCGACGAUAUUAGCGCAAAUGGAAAGAAGUGUCAGGAAUGUCGAACCCCUCCAAAUGUUCAUUUGCGUCCUCGACACCUUCUACACUGAAUGGAAAAUACGCCUUUCACAAGACCAGCUUGAGGCUGCUGCUCAAUCCCGAUACUACUCAUAUCGAGGCGAUGAUGAAAUGGCUCAGGAACUAGAUGAUCGAGAGCUCCGCCAGCUGUUCCCAGAUUAUCAUGAGCCUCCUGUGGAGACCGAGGGCAACGCCAAGAUCUACGACCCUCGUGCUACGGCAAUCAGAGUAGCACAGCUUCACCAAAAGACGUACAAAGUGUCAAAUAUGGACCAACAUGAUGCGAUGCGUGGUUAUAUCCGAAGCGCUUUCGAAUAUCUUGGACAAUUCAAAGACAAUCAAGCAAACGUCAGUACUGUGUCUUUCAUCGACAUGUUACCAGCCAUUCUGUGGCACAUGGAGAACAAGACAGCCGAAUUUAGCGGAAAUGCAAGAAGUGAUGCCAUCAAUAUCUAUGUUGACUUUGAUGUAGCCGAAAGCCGGAAGCUCUUCAUUCUAGUACGACAGAUCCAAGCAAGGUUUUACAACAUACAAGAUCAAUGGCCGGAGCAUGCUGUUCCAGGAGAUGUUAUUACGUCUUGCGAUGAUAUCUUGCACUUGAAUAUCUCCGAGCCAGUUGCCAAGCUUUUGGUGAAGACGGAAAAACUCUUUGAGGUAGCCACGCAAUGGCAAAGUGUAGCUGCCCGGGAAUGGUCUGUGGCACCUCUAAUUGAUCAAUUGACAACCCUGAUCAUCAGCUGGAGGAGACUAGAGCUUCUAUCAUGGUCAAGGCUCCUCGACGAAGAACAGAAGAAGCAUGAAGAGAAUGCCCAAGCCUGGUACUUCGUCGCCUAUGAGGCCGUCAUCUACAACAGUAUCAGAAUUCAAACAGAGGUUAAAAGUAUCCAAACCUAUUGCGAAGACCUCGUGCGAACUCUGGAAGAGUUUCUCAAGACGGCCACGCUGGGCCAAUAUUCAUCACGUCUAGCACUUCUCAAUACUCUUUGCCAAACGCUCCGUGAUGCUGCGCAGCAUGAAAAUCACCUCUUGGAUAUUAGCGCCUCUGUGUCCACUGUUAUUGAACACUACGAUAGAUAUACACCAAGCAUUUCUGACUCGCUGCAGAUGGGACGUGCAGAGCUUGAGAAGGCACUCAAAGAACAAAUUCAACUUGCCAGCUGGAAAGAUACCAACAUCACCGCACUCCGUGAUAGUGCACGACGUUCGCAUCUGAAAUUAUUCAGGAUUGUGAAGAAAUACCGUGACCUUCUCAACCAGCCCAUCACAACACUCAAGUCAGACCCUGAUGGCUCUCCUGAUGAGGUCAAGAAAUUUCGAAACAUUAAGCCCAUCAUCGAACUUGGUCAACAGGAACGGAUUUCCUCAGCUGUCCAGACUUGCGCUUCAACCAUCCCAGAUUGGGGUAGCAGACCUGAGAGAUUGACUAAUCCUCUGGGCUCAAUCAAGAGUAUGGAACGUGUCUACCAUGCCACCAUAUCUGAUUUCGACGCUCAUAUUGAACUCGCUGCCUUCCGCAUUGAUUUGAUCUCAAACAUCAAAGAGCUCAGAACUCAGACACCAGCAAAUUCCACAGAUGAGAACUCGUCAUUGGUACGUCAUCUACAGGAAAGAAAGCGGCGCUUUUUCGCAGAAACGCUCAGGAAUCUUGCCCAGAUGGGCAUCCGAAGAAAUCUUCCCGUCUCUGAGCUUGAGAAGCAGUCGACGAAAGCCGGUGUCCUUGUAUCCGUGUUCGUUGAUCCAAUGUCCGAGCUGUACGAUCCUGCGUGUGUGAAGUUUCACGAAUUAUUAGAUGUCAUGGCUGACGCACGGAGUGCAAGAAAGGAACAUUCUGAUGACCUUACUGAGGGCGAGAUAAGCCGCGGUCUCGGCCUUUUGGAAGGCUUGCUCUUGGUCAGCAUCAACCAGAGACAACAUCUCGGAUCUGCAGUCAAAGACUGGACCAACCUUCAGAAAGCUUCAUCCAAACUUCGAUCAUUGGGAUUUAUCGCACCAGAUGAGUUGUUGGUAUCAACGAAUUCCAGCCACAGUGCCAGGCGCCUGACUCAACAUCUGACAUGGUUCUCAGAGAUAUUGACUUUCACUUCUACGAUCUUAGCUUUUCAAGCUAAGCAUGCUAACCUUCAGAUCGAUGAACUUAUAACGGCUAUGGAGGGCCAUAGUAGCCUCUUCAGAGAGCUGAGAUCAAAGCUUCCUCGGCUUCCUCAACCACUAAGCAGUCAUACUGCGCAAUCUCUCUAUGAUGAGUGUUUUGACAGUCUACAUCGUUUUGGGUUGCUUCUGAAGGAGUGGCUGGCCAGAGAGCCGCGCAUUGAGUUCUUGCUGGAGAAACUUAUUCCUUGGACCAUUGCAGUACCGAAGAUGAUGGAUGUUACACAGAAUGGUGUGAAGGAGUUGAGUCUGCAGGAAUUCGACCAAAAAAUACGAGAUCUCAUGGACAAGAUAUUUGUUGCUCUCCAGAUGCUUCAAGUGGUAAAAGGAAAUAUGCCAACAUCGGUUGAGGAUGCGAAUUGGCUUGUAAAGUCCAACCGAGCGGCUUUCCAAACCCACGAGUCAAUGCAUGUUGGUAUCAUAGCUGCCGCCGCUCACGAUAUAUUCGCGAGCUUACAAUAUGUGCACCCUGAUGAGCUUGCCGCCGCAAGUUCUUUACUUUUGGUCGCUUCACCGAUCAUUGAACAGUACUUUGAAAUCCUUGGGGAUCUUAUAAGGAGACAAACCGCCGUUCAUAUAGAAACUUGUCGCCUCGCAAUCCAGCUGGCGGUGUCAUUCACAGCUCUAGCAAGGGAGGGCUUUUGUCGUCCUUCUGAUCCAUCUAACGGUGAAGAACAAUCUGGCAAGCUUGAGAGUGGAACUGGCCUUGGGGAGGGUGAAGGAGCCGAGGACAUUAGCAAGGACGUUGGAGAUGACGAAGAUUUAUCUGAGCUUGCUCAAGCAGAAGGUCAAGACAAGAAUGAUGGAGAAAUAGAGAACGCAGAAGAUGCCGUUGAUAUGGGGAACGAUGAUCUCAAAGGAGAGACUGGUGAUAAUGAAGAGCAGAAAUCCGACGAAGAAAAAGAUGACGAUCGUUCUGAACCUGAAGAGGGCGAUGAUAUGGAUGAAGAAACAGGGUCUGUGGAUGACCUUGACCCAUCUGCAGUAGACGAGAAGAUGUGGGACGAUAUGAAGAAGGAGUCGGAGCAGGACAAGGAACUGAAAAACGAUAAAGCGAAGGGCAGUAAGACAGAGGACCAGACUGCAACAGACGGGGAGAAGGCGGAAGGUGAAGAUUUGGAGAGCGCUGAUGGUGCGGAGGAGAUUGAUAAAGAAGAGGAAGAUGAUGACGGUGAGGGUGCCGAGCGGCCAGAGGCCCAGAAUAUGGAUCCCCACCCAGAAGAUGAACAGGCGCUGGACUUGCCAGAGGAGCUGGACCUUGCUGGAGGUGAGGAGACAAAGGACGACGACAUAUCAGACGAUGGCAUGAACGACUUGUCUGAUAUUGAAGACUCAAAGGACGAACUUCAACAGGAAGACAACCAAGUGGAAGCUGAAGAUAAGCAAGUCGAAGAUGAAGAGGACGAAGACGAGUUAGCCGAUGAAGGUGACAGAGAGGGUACUGCUCAUGAUGACGAAAUCGUGGAAGAUCAACCAGACGACGACCGCCCAGAUGAACAAGAUACUCGCGAGGCCGACGUACCUCAUGAAGUGGAUCAAAGUGCCGGCGGCGAAACUGGAGCAGCGAAUGAACCCCAAGAAACGUUGCAACAAGAGCAGAAUGUGCAAGGAGUGAAUCAAUCAGAAAAGCAGAUUGAUCCUCAACAAGCCCAGCCGGGCAAAGCUCCAGAGAAUGAGGAACAAGGCAACAGUGGAAAAGGUGCUCCCGAACAUGGUGCUGGGCAUAUGGACACUAUCGAGCGCCAGCAGGUUGAGUCACUCCGGAAGCUUGCUGAUGUGCUCGAUCAAUGGCAUCGGCGUCGAGAAAUAUUACCCGCAUCUGACGAAACGCAACCCAAAGAAAAAGAUGAAGAUAUCGACAUGGCAGACAUGGAUUUUGAGCAUGUCAAUAACGAAAUUGAUGCUGAGACACAAGCGCUUGGAGCAGCAGCUCCUGAACAGGCUCAGAAUCUUGAUCAGGGUAAGGCGGUUGAGGACGACAACAUGUCAAUCGACGAGGAUAUUGAUAUUCAUGGCGCCGUGGAACCCGAGGAGCAGGAGAAUGUUGCAGACAGAUUCAAUCGGGUACAAGCCCAGCAGGCACCAAGUGAAGUUCGGGAAGCUGGUGCUUUCAUGCCUAGCGUGAACCACAACCGGGAUAGGUACUCGUCGCAACAGGAAGACGCAGAUGCAGCUUCGGAAGACCUAACCCCAGACAUUGAGCAUCUUGAUAUUGGCCAGCAGGAACAUGGGGCAACAUCCCCUCUUACCUCAUCUGCCGAUGCUACACAGCUAUGGAAUCAUUGCUCGACAACCACACACCAAUUCUCGUUGGUUCUGACUGAGCAGCUGCGCUUAAUACUCUCUCCUACUACAGCAACCAAGCUCCGUGGCGACUUCCGUACGGGGAAACGCCUCAAUCUCAAGCGAAUCAUACCAUACAUCGCAUCAGGCUACAAGCGAGACAAAAUAUGGAUGCGGCGUUCCGUUCCUAGCAAACGCAACUAUCAAAUCAUGGUUGCUGUCGAUGAUAGCAAGUCAAUGGCGGAGUCUGGAGCCGACAUACUCGCGUUUGAGACACUUAGCUUACUCACCAAAUCUCUGAGUAUGCUUGAAGCAGGAGAAAUGUGCGUUGUUGGAUUCGGCGACGAAGAACACAUUCGGGUUGCCCACGCGUUUGGCACACCUUUCUCCCCGGCAGAUUCGGGAGUCAACAUCUUUCAAUCCUUCAGCUUCCAGCAAAGGGGCACCAACGUGAAAAACCUCAUCAAAGAGAGUAUACAGCUAUUUCGCGAUGCGAGAGUCAAAGGCCACACCGCAAGCGAAGAUCUGUGGCAACUCCAACUCAUCCUCAGCGAUGGGCAUUGCUCUGACCACGCGGGAAUCUCGCGCCUUGUCCGGCAAGCGCAGCAAGAGAAAAUCAUCAUUGUUUUUGUGAUCGUCGAUGCUGGAGAGGAAAGUAUUCUGGAUUUGAAGGAAGCUGUCUUCGAACAGGAUCCUGCAUCUUCUUCUGGACCUGGUGCUGUAUCUGAAAUGCGUGUGCGGACCAAGAGAUAUCUAGAGGAUUUCCCUUUCCCCUACUAUCUUGUGGUCAGAGAUGUCAGGGAUUUGCCAGGGGUCCUUGCCACGGCCCUCAAGGGCUGGUUUGGGAGUGUGGUCGAUGUGCAGGUUUGA